AUGGAGAGGACCCCCGAAGCCAGGGCUAAGCCACCCAAAGCAGCCCAGCAGCCCAAAAAAGACUCUAACAAUGAGUGGAAAACUACAUUUUCAUCAAGCAAGACUUCCUUCACCAAAGGCAGGGCUUCGAUCCUGAGGACUAAGUACGUCGUCUCCUGGGGUAAAUAUUCAAUCUCCUGGAGCAGAACCACUGUAACUUUGGGCACCACCAGCGUGGCAGUGGGUAAAACCUCAGUGACCCGAGGGGAAACCACCAGCUCCCUCAUCACCCUGACCUUCACUCACGGGACCAAGUCCGUGUCCGUGGUCAAAACCACCCUCCUCAGGGGCAAAGAAAAGCACAGCAACAUCUACUGGAAUUUUCACUCUUGA